UGCUGAUCCUAGGUUUAUUUUUCCAUCCAUUAUUUCUACGCCGCCUUUUUUCCUCGUCCUCAGCCCGCUUCACCUCCAGGCUGCCGUUUCUCGUCCGGUCUGCCUUUCUCUACGCACGUUCUGUACUUGUACAUGCGGCGGUGGCCUCCAUCGCCCUACCCCCGCUUGAAAUAGCCUUAGAUCCUCACCCUCUUUUCCAGCAUCUGUGCACCAGCCCUUACCCCAAGCCCAGUCCACCCGGGGUGUUACUGUUCUGAUAGCGAGACCGGUUCGCGCACACAGACUUUUCUCCUUUCGCUUUUUCUUUUCUUGCUCCCUUCCACUGGCUUCUCGCGCGGUCUGCGUCAGACCGUCCGGACAUCACUCAUAAUGGCAGGAAUCUUUCGGAGCAUCUAUGACUGGCUCCUGAGGAUGUUUUGGGCGACAGAGAUGGAUGUGACCAUGAUAGGACUCCAGAACGCCGGGAAAUCCUCCCUGCUGCGAGUUCUGGCGGGCGGCGAGUUCACGGUGGAUUCCAUUCCAACGAUCGGUUUCAAUACCAAACGAGUCCAAAAGGGUCAUGUCACUCUGAAAUGUUGGGAUCUCGGUGGUCAACCACGCUUUCGGCCAAUGUGGGAACGAUAUUGCCGUGGAGUCAACGCCAUCGUAUAUAUUGUCGACGCUGCCGACAAGGCCGCUUUGCCGGUCGCGACCGAAGAGCUGCAUGAGCUCUUGAGCAAACCCAGUCUUGAUGGCAUCCCGCUGUUGGUUCUUGGAAACAAGUCUGAUCUGCCGGACAAGCUGUCUGUCGACGAACUGAUUGACGCCAUGGAUCUAAAAUCGAUCACUCAUCGUGAGGUCAGCUGCUAUGGAAUCAGCGCCAAAGAGGAAACGAAUCUCGACGCGGUCCUGCAUUGGUUGAUCGCCCGAGCGAACAGAUGAGCUGGGAAUCACGUGCGCGUAUCAACACCGCGGCGGCCACAGGGGGAGCGUUGCCUCUUUGUUUGGGGCUGAUGUCUCGUAGAUGGCUCCGACCUUGUUUCUUUCCUGUAUCUCUCUAUUUAUGUCUGCUUCCGCCCCGGUUUUAAUGACGUUGACGAUCAUGUUCAAAGACGCAUGGGGUGGCAACAGCCCACCAGCGAUGGUGGUCCACCUUUGGGUAUGGCUCUCGGAUUCACGGCAAACGUUUUCCUG